CUUCCUGCUGCUCGUCAUCUCUCUUCUCUGGCUGGAGUCAGUAGUCAUUUCUACUGCAGUGUAUGCAAAUGCUACCACAAGUCUACUUAUGGAAGGGUGGACUACGAGAAUUGGGAACCCCGCGAUAGAAACGAACUUCGGCAAUACGCAGAGCAGUGGCGAGACGCUGCCACGUCCUCUGACCAUGAAAAAAUAUUUAAGGCGCAUGGUGUGCGUUAUUCCGAACUUUGGCGUCUAUCAUACUGGGACCCUUCACGACAACUUAUCAUCGAUCCAAUGCACUGUUUAUUAGAAGGUCUAGUCCCAUAUCACACUCGUACUGCCCCUAAAGAAGAACAUCAAUUUGGCACGGCAAAAGUACUCAAACACAUUCGCAAUGUCAUCCGAGAUACAUCCGUCCCUACUUGGUUGGGUUCAGUUCCAAGUAAUUUUGGCGAGGCAUCUGCUGGGACACUCAAGGCUGAUGAGUGGCGAACACUUAUUAUGGUCUACCUUCCCAUUUCCCUUGUGAGCUUGUGGGGAGCCGGUACUUCGCACUCUUCUCCUGAACUUGCUGCCCGCCUUAGAACUGUUCUUGAUCAUACGAUGGAACUGGUCUGUGCAGUUUAUGUUGCAUGUGCGCGAACGAUGACUGCAAGAAGGGCACAAGCCUAUCGUUCAUACAUUGUUGGUUACGUCGGAAAGUUGAAAGACAUACAUCCUACCUCCUCUCCGCGUCCGAACCACCAUGCAGCCUUCCAUAUAUACGACUUCCUACUCCUAUUCGGUCCCGCCCACUCGUGGUGGUGUUUUCCUUUCGAGCGCCUGAUUGGAACACUUCAACGGCUUCCUGUAAAUCACAAA